AUGCCGGGCAGCUCGGCAUUCACCUCGGCGCGGGACCGCCGACACUUCCCCGCUACCUCGAGAAUCGACGCCGACCCACUUGGCUCCGUCAACGUCGCUCAGGUGUGCGCCAGAUGGAGACACAUCGCGUUCAGUACGCCAGCGCUGUGGACCCACGUCAAGAUCAACGCCGUGAUCGACCACAUAGAUCUUGUAGCUUCACUCCCUCUCCCCAUCCGGCCUGUCCAGUGGGCAGCACCCUUCUCCACAUUUAUCACCCUCAAUCUCAGCAGCUCCAGAAAACUGAGUCAUCAUCCGAACGUCCGGUUUCUGCCGGAGAACGAGCUAUGCGGUGGUGUGAAAGGCAUAGAUAUCAACGGCUCCUGGCUGCUUGAACUUCCUGUUCUAUACCAGUGGUUGUCCCAGUUCUCCAACCUCACCCAUCUUACGCUCGCUGGUGUUGGCUUGAGCAUAGAAUGGCCAUUACCCAUACCUUCACCCUGUCUCGAUCGCUUGACGCACCUCCACGUGUGCGGCGCCAAACAUCCAAUGGCGGUGACAGACUUCAUCGUCGAGCGCAAGUGGGAGAACCUGCGCUCCUUAGUUGUCGACCAGCCCCCUCUCUUCCUCGACGAGUACCUCCUUCCGAAAUUAUCUACGAAUAUUCCCAAUCUCACCGAGCUUUUCCUCGUCGUAAAGCGACUUAGAUCAACAUGGCCGCGCAGACAGGCCACGAUGCAGCAUCUGCAAACAUUGGCCGUCCACGGCUGUGUAUACGAACAAGAAGACGAGACGCAGCUUGGCCCCCUCUUCGACGCCUUCACCUUCCCGGCGCUCACCCAUCUGGUCGUUACCGGUCCGGGCGGAGGAAACAUCGAUUUCUUGCGCCGCUUCCUCGUUCGCUCGGGGUGUGCCCUAUCGAGUCUCACGUUCCUUCCAGACUUGGCGUCCGACUCCGUGUUAUCUGAAGCUGGGUUGGAGGAUGUUAAGCUGCAGGAUACUCCAAUCCAGCAAGCUGCUCUCAGUUUAGGGAAAGAGCUAAGCAUACCGGAGGUAGGCUUCGCCGAUAGCCUGGAGGAGACAAAGGUGUAUCGUGAGGCUAAGCAAAGGUGGUACAACUUGGAUUCGUCUUACAUAAAUGAAGGCGAUGGCAGAGUUCCUGUAAAACUUUCAGUUGACUGCAAUCUUCCGUCGAGCUAG